AUGACAUCCGCCAACACGAUCAAAGUCGUCGCCCGCUUCCGACCGCAGAACAAGAUCGAGCAAGCAGCAGGAAGCGACCCUUGUGUAGAGUUCACGGGCGAAGACACAUGUACCCUCACUUCCAACGAAGCCCCCAGCGGUGCCUUUACAUUCGAUCGAGUCUUCAACACGACUACCAGACAGCAGGAUGUCUUCGACUAUUCCAUCCGCAACACGGUUGACGAUGUGCUGGCCGGCUACAACGGCACGGUCUUCGCGUACGGUCAGACUGGGUCAGGAAAGACAUACACCAUGAUGGGCGCGGACAUUGAAGACGGCGAGCAGAAGGGUAUCAUUCCGCGCAUCGUGGAGCAGAUCUUUGACCGCAUCAUGCGGAGCGAUGGCACGAUAGAGUUUAUGGUUAAGGUUAGCUACAUGGAGAUUUACAUGGAGCAGAUUCGAGAUCUGCUGGUACCAACGAACAGCAAUCUACCCAUCCACGAAGACAAGGCGAGAGGGGUGUAUGUCAAGGGUCUGAAUGAGUUCUACGUGGCUAACGUGGGCGAGGUCUACACGAUUAUUGAGAAAGGUGGGCAGGCAAGGGCAGUCGCGGCGACCAACAUGAACCAGGAGUCUUCGCGAUCACACUCCAUUUUCGUGAUCGAGGUGAUGCAGAAGAAUCUUGAAUCUGGGUCUGCGCGAUCUGGUCGGCUGUUCUUGGUUGAUUUGGCUGGUUCAGAGAAGGUGGGCAAGACUGGCGCCUCUGGACAGACGCUUGAGGAGGCGAAGAAGAUCAACAAGUCAUUGUCCUCUCUCGGCAAUGUCAUCAACGCGCUCACGGACGGCAAGAGCAGCCAUAUCCCGUACAGAGACAGCAAGCUCACGCGUAUCUUACAAGAGUCGUUGGGAGGCAACUCCAGGACCACGCUCAUCGUCAACUGCUCACCAUCUAGCUACAACGAUGCCGAGACACUAUCGACACUACGGUUCGGCGAACGAGCAAAGACCAUCAAACAGAAGGCCAAGAUCAACGAGGAGCUCUCGCCCGCCCAGCUCAAAGCACAGCUCAAGAAGGCGCAAUCACAAGUCUCCACAUUCGAAGAAUACAUCAAGUCACUGGAAGGCGAAGUCAGCGUAUGGCGGAAAGGCGAGCAAGUGCCGAAAGAGCAAUGGACACCCGGUAUCAAAGAAGGGGGAGGCAGCACAUCACAGGCGCCGCCACGGUCUGCAACGCCUAGUAGGCUCAGAUCAGGUGCGGAGACGCCGGGUACGCCUCGUCCGGAUAGCAGGAUGGAUAUUGACAGGGCGGGCACGCCGAGCAUACCCAUGGAGAAGGAUGAGAAGGAGGAGUUCUUGAAGCGGGAGAAUGAGCUGCAGGAUCAGUUGGCGGAGAAGGAGUCUGCGCUGGCUGCUGCGGACCGGGCUUUGAAGACGGCGCAGGACGAGCUGAAGGAGCUUCGCGAAUCGCACGUCAACGUGUCACGAGAUAACGAGAAGCAGAGAGGCGAUAUCGAGGGCAUGCGGAUGCAGUUUGAGAAGCUCGAGUUCGAGACGAAGGAGGCGGCUAUCACGAUGGACUCGCUUAAGGAGGCAAAUGGAGAGCUCACCAAUGAACUCGACGAUGUCAAGGCUCAGCUGCUGGACGCGAAGAUGUCUGCGGCGGAGUCAUCGCAAGCACUGGACGAGAAGGAGAAGGUCAAGAAGGAGCGUAUGGCUCAGAUGAUGGCCAGCUUCGAUCUCGGUGACGGCAUGAUGUCGCAGAACGAGAUGCAGAUUCGCGAGAUGAUCCAGCAGGUUGAGAGUCUGCUCGGCAUUGCGGACAGUGGCGAGGCUGUUGCGCCAGAUGAGCUUCUGGCGCUGAAAGAUCGUUUGAUGGAAGUCCAAGGAGUGGUCCGACAAGCAGACAUCGGCGCCAACGGCCAUGCCGACAGUGCACGAAAUGCUGUUCUCGAGCAGAAGUUCGUGCAGCUGCAGCAAGAUUACCAGAACAUCCUCGAGCGCAAUCUUUCGGAAGGGGAUGUCGAGGACAUCAAGCGACAACUCUACGACAGCCUCUCAGACCAGCAGAACGGCACCUCCCACUCUCCCGACCUCCAAGAUGCCCUCGACCGACAACAAGCAGAAAGCGACCGUCUACGAAGCGAACUGGACGCUUUACGAAAACAAGCCGUGAACGGCGCCAAUGGAGCAACCCUCAACAAGCAACUCGCCGACUUCGACACGAUCAAGAAGUCCCUCAUGCGCGACCUGCAAAACCGCUGCGAGCGUGUCGUGGAGCUGGAGAUCUCUCUUGACAGCACGCGCGAGCAAUACAACAGCAUCCUGCGCAGCUCAAACAGCAAACAGCAGCAGAAGAAACUCGCCUUCUUGGAACGUAACCUCGAACAACUGACGCUCGUCCAGCGCCAAUUGGUGGAGCAGAACGCGCAAUUGAAAAAGGAAGUCGCCAUCGCCGAGCGCAAACUCGUUGCCCGUGGCGAGCGGAUACGCGGGUUAGAGGCGUUGGUGGCGGAGAGUCAGGAUAAGUUGAUGUCUGCUAAUCACAAAUUCGAAUCCCAACUCCUAGCAGUAAAAGAACGCCUCGAAGCCGCUAAGCAGGGCUCCACCCGCGGCCUCGUCGGUGGCCAACCCUCUCCCGCCGGCGUUGCCUCGAAUUUUGCGAACAAUCCUUUCGGCCGCAUCGCGAAGCCUUUGCGUGGAGGUGGCGGAGGAGGACCACAGGAUUCUGGUGGCAGUCAGCCCGUGGUGCCGACGUUUGCGGGUUUGCAGGCGCAGGGGCAGCAGGAGGGUGGUGCUACUGGGGGGAAGAGGGGGAGUUGGUUCUUUAAUCAGAGGACUUGA